AAGGAGCGAGCCGGCGUCCGAUUGGCCGGCGCCGGCCAAUAGCAGGCCGGCUCGGGUAGACUAGAUCCGGCCGGAGGGGUCGGCUCGGGUAGCCCCGCAACCCCCUCUAAGCUAGGCGUUCUCUCACACGCAAAAGGGGACAUCUCAUCACGACUCUUGGUAGCAGGCACUUCUCCGUAGUGGGCACUCCACUCAUCGUGUCGUCGUACGGGUUCUCCGCGAGAGGCUGUGGGGCCCAAGCCCGAGCGAGCGAGCGCGAGCGACCGCUGGUCGAGUGGGUCUAAGCGGCCGUGAGGACCUCUCCAGGAGUACCCGACAGUCCUCUCUCUCUCUCCAUUCAUUCAGCCAUCCAUCCAUCUAUCCAUCCAUCCAACCAACCAUCCAUCCAUCCAUCCAUCCAGCCAUCCAUCCAUCCAUACAUCCAUCCAUCCAUCCAUCUAUCCAGCCAGCCCGGAGAGCCAGCCAGAGAGGCCAGCCAACCAUCCAUAGACACUCUCUCCUCUCCCACGGAGAGAGAGUGUAUCCUCGACGAAGGUGGAGGCGAACCCGUAGAGUGGUACAUCUACCAUCGUCUCUCUAUCGGCAGAGUCCAAGGACUCGAAGACCCCCCGGCUGAUUUCAGUCGGCCGCCGGCCGGCUCUGGCCGGCCACUAUCCUCGACCACGUGUGUGCCAACUGUUCCGUCGUGUUCGCGGUGUUGUUGUCGUCGUCGUCGUCGUCGUCGUCGUCACCGUCGUCACCGUCGUUCUCAUUGCCGUCGCCGUCAAAGGGUGUCGUUGUUGUGUCUCGCGGCGGUCGUGUCGUGUCGCGCGUGCCACGCGGCUUCGUUCACGCCACGGUGACGAAAAGUGGCAGCAGAGGAGCCUGUCUCGCGGAGCCGAGGUGUGCGGUGCGUCAGCCGGUUACUCUGCGAUCCCGGGCGCGUUGUCCACUGGUGGCGGCGGCCUGCGGCGGCGGCAGCGGCGGCGCCGGGCCGAGCGUACAGUCCGUGUUGCUCGCGUUGUUGUCCUUGACCGUGGUACACCGGGAUUCAGUGCCGUGGCCCUAGCCAGGCGGUCCGCGUCUUUGACCCGGUUUGUCCAUCGCAGCCCGACCGACUCUACCCGCGUGUGUGCACCUGAGACAGAGAUGCGACGGAUCGCGCGGUCACGUCGCUGGACUUGUCCAGUCGGGCCGUCAGGCACCGCGACGAUCGACACCGCGGCUUGCUGACUCUGCCAUGUCGGCCGGGCGAUCCUGCGACAGGACAGGAUCGAUCGAAACGAAAUCGUCCCGCGGUGAAUGCUCGCGCGAGCACAGUGCGACCGAAGUGUGAUAUAUCGUGGAGUUUCUAACCCCGGAGAGGAUUAUAUUAUUCAGUGUCUGAACGAGAGUAGUAUAAAAUGUACCCGACGCGCGUGACCGUGAAACAGACAAUAAUAAUAAUACAGUGCCGCGGCGGUGACCGAUGAUACCCGGCCGUAGCAGGGAACAAUAGAUGAAUCGUUCCGAUUCGACGACAGACUGUUCCCGUUACAAGAUACAACCAUUAAAUCGUACGAGGGGCCUGCCUCGCGGGCUAUAGACGAGCUGCUCGUCGAGCUGUCCGAAGCAACGUCGUCCGGGAUCCCUUGUUCGUCGUCCGUGGUGGCAGGGCCGUCAUGUCGUUAUCUAGCGGUUAGCGCCGGCCUCAGGAUUCCGCGAAGCGCGAGCUUCAAGUAUUUCGACGGCGCUGGCCUCGCCGAGAUGAGCGGUGGCAGCGGCGGCGGCGGCGGAAACAGCGCCGGGAAUCAAGGGAACGGCAACACAACCAGUUACCACCAGCAUCAACAACAGCAACAGCAACAACAACAGCAACAGCAGCAACAACAACAGCAACAGCAACAACAACAGACACAGCUGGAGCAGGCUAGCUUGCUGCCAGAUUUGAAUGGGAUCGACCUGGCGAUGAGCCUGUCGCCUAAACAGCACUCGUCCCACGUACAAGCGGCUGGCGGCGCUCACACGACACCGUUCAGUGUCACCGACAUCCUGUCCCCCAUCGACGAAUCGUACCGGAAGCUGGAGCUGGCGAUCGGCGUCGGCGUGGUCACGCAUCCUCAAGUCUCGCCUUACGGGAACGCGUGCGGCGGCCGAGUGGGCGGCAAUACCGGUAGCUCGAGCGCGAGCAGCGGCAGUCCGCCGCUUCACGGAGGAUCGACGCCCGGUGGCGGCACUCCCGGACCGGUUUCCGGUGCAAACGACGCCGCCGCUGGAGGCAGCAGCGCCGCAGCGGCCGGCAUGACCGCCAUGGGCAAUCCUUACGCCACCAUGCAGCUCACCUCCCAAUAUCAGUACUGCGCGGCGGAAUUGUCGCCGUAUCAUCACGCGGGGCCAGCGGUCGCCGGUGGAGCAACCGCGACCGACCCGAUGCGCUCCCAUCAUCCGUGGUACGCGCCGGCCCCGCCGGCAACCAACGACCCCCGAUUCACCAGUUUUGCAGUUACGCGGCUGAUGACCGCCGCGGGGGCGGGCGCCGGGACCAACAUGGCCGGCUGUUCGGUGGGCCAGUCAAUGGGCGACGUGACGAAAUCGUCGGGCAUGGGAAUGGGCGUCGGCGUCGGCGUCGGUGUCGGCAUGGGCGUCGGCGCGAUGCAAUUCCCCCACCUUCCCCAGAGACGAAAGCGUCGCGUUCUGUUCACCCAGCAGCAGGUUCACGAGCUCGAGAGGCGGUUCAAGCAGCAGAAAUACCUGAGCGCGCCUGAACGGGAACACCUAGCCUCCCUGAUACACCUCACGCCCACUCAGGUGAAGAUAUGGUUUCAAAACCACCGGUACAAGUGCAAAAGGCAACAGAAGGAGAAGGCAAUGGCGGAACAAAACGCUCAGAAUCAGAGCGCGAGUUCGCCGCGACGUGUGGCGGUCCCGGUCCUGGUGAAGGACGGCAAGCCCUGCGGAAGCGGCGGCGGCGGCGGUAACGAGGGCAGCCGCGGCGGUCCCAGCGCGGCCCUGGCCAGCCCGGCCCCGCACCUGACCGCCGCCUCGAGUCCCCACGGUUCCCAUCACGCGGCCUCCUCGGUCUCCCAUCACUCUGUGGUCGGCGUGAGCCACGUGAUGUCGUCCAGCCAGAGCCUGCAGCACUGUUCGUACACGAGGGCCGGGGCGCAGCAGAGCAUGCAGCAGCAGCAACAGCCGCAGUGCGGCGGGUACCUGCCGUUCCAAAGUCGGGCCUGGUAGUACAUGCCAUCCGCGGCGGUCACCAACCCGUCCGCCGCAGGUCCAGCUGCCUGGUACCCGACAGAGGACAGCCCUUAGAAGAGAAGACGACAGCGUCGACGGGGACCGGCCGCGUCGUGGCCGUCCGCCGGCUCGCCGGAUCGACGAGCGGCGGGUCUGUUCGACGCCGAGGACGCGUACGGCCUCAUCCUUGCCGGCGUCCGUGGACCCUUCGGGUGAAAAAGCGUGGGGGUGGGGGGCGCUGGGGCGCCUGUCCGCCCGGGACAUUGUGGGACCGCGGACGGGGGCCCCUGUUGUGUCGUUAGUGUCCUCGCCGAGGGACUGUCGACGACGAUGACGAAGUGACGCGAAGGAAUUCCAGGCUCGCGGAGCCCGUCGUCCACGAUGCAGAGACCGCGGGACGGUUAAAUUGGAGACAGUGAUGAUGAUCCGCGCUCUCCAGGAUUCUUCGCGUGCGGCCCGCGUUCGUUACAAGGCCCGGAAUCGCUCUCGGUGUCGGCCCGCACGGAUUCCGACACGCGAAUCGAGACACGGAGUCGGCCGCUCGAGCCAAAGGUGUUCCUCUCUCUCUCUCUCUCUCUCUCUCCCUCUCUCUCUUUAGAGGCACCGGACACGAUCAAGCCGAUACCGAAGUACUUACCUCGUUCCCGGUGUUCCCUUCUCGGCCCGUCGAACGACCUCCCAGGGCCCCAGCUCUUCAGGGACCGACGGCGUCGCCACGGCGCCGCGACGAACGCGGACUCUUCGAGCGCUCGCGGGGUGCGUUUCUUCCAGCGGCUCGAGCCGGCCGAGAGACGAGCUCGUCUCGCGGCGCAAAACCGCGACGGAGUAAACAGAGAGCUCGCCGGCAAUUUGCCGGGACAGGGGAGAUCCGGAGCUCGCAAUUAGCUGCACGAGGCUCGUCCUCCGCGCGGCCGCCGGCCAGCAGCUCCGCCCGGCUCCUGGCGAGUUCUCGCGCGCCGAUCGAUCCGCGUGCUCGCGAACCUUCGCCCUCGAAACUGCGACGCCAGGGAGGAGGACACCUUCGCCGCGGAAACGACCGACGACGUUUCUUCUUCUUGUCCGACGACGGAGGAGCUGUGGAACCGGGCGAUCGGCGACUCAAGAGUUCGAGCGGAUUCGAGCGAGUUCGAGCUCAAGGAAGACUCGGAUCUUCGAUUAUUGUCGGAGAUUGUAAUUUAUCAGAGUUCGCGAUUCGAAGUCGGUUUUGCGAGCUGGCUACGCGAUUUUACGGACGCGACGACGGCGUGGGGAUCCAAUGGAUCGUGUCGAAUCGAUUGUAACGCGUUUCUUCCGUUUCUUCCUGCGUUUCUUCGACCAUUUCUUUUGGGAGAAGUUCGUCUCGCGAUUCGUUCGUUUCUUUGCGAUCGCGUUUUGCAUUAUGUUUCGCGUGCGAGAUGGAAAUGAAUUGUGUUUCACGUCAGAAAUGACCAUGAUGAUAUCGUUGUACAGUGGUGUCUCUCUAAUUGACGCUCAGGUUGUCCACAAGAAUGGACAAUUUUGGAAGAGGAGAUAAGAUUAAUUCGAAGCUUGCGGUUCGUUUUUGUAGUUAUGAAUUGUCUAAAACCAUAACAAUGAGCUACGAAGCUUGAACAAUCGUAUCUCCUCUUCUCAAAUUGUACAUUUUUGUGCGCGAUCUGAGCGACAAUUAGAGAGACAUUAAUGUAUUCUGCAGAAGAUUAAGAUCGACUUUGAUUUCUGAUGAAAAUAGAUGACUUUGUGAACGAACGGGAAACACUGUGAACUUUAUUGUUGAACUUGAAUGUACGGGGCGGUCGUUAACUGGCGACGAAAUCAGGAGAGGGGAUUUUCAAUGUGGAAAAAUAAGUCGGAUAGUGGAGAGAGGAGUAUUUUUUUUUAUUUAAGAUUGUAUUUUCGAGGAAACUGGGUUGAAAGAUGGCUUGAAAGUUCGCGCGGUUUGUAGCUUGACGGGAGAUUGAAUUGGUACGCCAUUGCAUUCGUCGUGGCGUCGCUUGAUUUUUAUUCAAUGGAAUUGUUUUUUCAACCGAAUUUCUCUCGAAAGCGAAGGCUUGAACGAUGAAAUAUUGUUCUACAUUUUUCUACGUUGAAUCGUUUCACUCCCGGGUUAUUUCAAGGUUAAAUUGUCGACUUAUUUAAUUACUAUUUACCGACCACCCUGUAUAUCUCCUCCGGUGCGGUGGACAAAAUUCUGAUUCCGAUUUUUGCGAAUUGACUGGAUCGUUCGAUAUUGUAAAUGCAGUACAUUUUCCCCUAAUUGACGCUUGGAUUGUGAUGAUUGCAAAAAUGGAUAGUUUGGGGAGAGGAGAUUCGAUUAUUCGAGUGUCGCGGCUUGGUUUUAUAGUUGUGGAUAGUCGGCGACUAUAAAAAUUAGUAUUAUUUCGUAUCAGAAGUGGUUACUUGAAGUCAAAUUGACUCUGUGUUA